GAGCAGACGAGCACGGAGCGGAGUACGCACACGCGUACGCGCGCGCGUGCUACUCCGAUCGGAUCCGUUUCUUAUUCGUUUCUACGCGCUGCCCCUGUUUCCGCGCCUCGCGGCCGUAGAAAGUGCAGGAGAGCGAGCGCCCGUCCAGCUCCAAAGACGAAUGGACCUAAUGAUCGCCGCACGCUCUCGCGCGCCGCGAUCACGGGUGAAUGCAUUCGUAAGAAUGCAUUCACGUUCGUGUGCCCGCCUCGCCCCGCAUGCGUGUCUCCCCUCCUUCCCCCCCCUCUCUCUCUCUCUCUCUCUCUCUCUCAAUCUUCCGUCCCACUCUCCCUCCCGCGGUGGCGUUCCUUUCCUCGCUUUAUGUAAUUACGUUCCGCGCGGACACCUGUCUGUCUGUCUGAACGCGCGCGUCGAGCGUCGACGAUCGUAAGCACGUGAUCGAAUCCACCCGAAUUCGCGCGGAUCGGAGAGAUGCGUCCCGAUAUGCGUUCUGCGUCGGCCGCGCCUUCCGCCUGCUUCUUAAUUUUUUUUUCUUUUUCUCUCUUCCUCCCUCUCUUCUAUUUUUUUGUUCCCAUUGCCUCCCUUCCGCUCCGGAACCUGUACUGUACGUCGAUCUCGUUUUCAACGCGGCUCAAUGAGGCGUGCAUGCGUCUCUAUCGAAGGUGCGAUUGCAGAAGCGGUUACAGGACGUACGCGUGCGUUACGGAGAUUAAAGACUGGAUUAAGAACGUUCUACUUUCUACUUUCCUCCUCGCGCUUUCCUCCUCGUGUACGCCGCCGUUCGCUUUUCGAAAUGCUAUCAAAACCGGCGAACAUCAUACCGGGAAGGACAGGGGAAGACGCACCGGUCCGUGAUGCCUGCAACGUGAUACAAGACGCGUGUGCAUGCUGCGGUACCAUGUCGUAGGGACGGGUCUCCUGUUAUGGCUGUUAUGGAUUUUGAAACAAACGUAAGGACUUUGAGAUGGCCGCGAAAACGGACGACACGGCGUCUAUCGAUAAUCCCAACGAUGGAGAGAGUCUGGACAAGGAGAUAUUGACGAUCGGUGGAAACGGUGGAGGAAGGAUUCCGCCAUCGUAUCUAUACAAUACGGGAUCGGAACAGAGUACGGGAACGUCGGAUCAGGAACAGACCGCUCGAAACCGUACUCCAGCUACGGAGGAUCAAUUAGGUCCGUUACCACCUAACUGGGAAAAGGCGUACACGGACACUGGAGAAGUUUAUUUCAUAGAAAAAGCCCAUUUCAAUGCAGCCAGUCUCGUCCCUUCUAUUCAUCUGAUCUCUUGUUCUGCGACUUCUUGUUUUCAAAGCCAUAAUACAGGCACAUCUCACUGGCUGGACCCGCGUCUGUCAAAAUUUCAAAAGAGAUCUCUCGAGGAAUGCCUUGACGAUGAAUUACCUUACGGUUGGGAAAAAAUUGACGACACCUUGUACGGCACAUAUUUCAUUGAUCACGUGAAUCGUAGAACUCAAUAUGAAAAUCCGGUGUUGCAAGCGAAAAGAGCGCAACAGAAUGUGCUCGAGAGGAAAAGUCCCAACUUCACCAGAAAUCCCGACAAACUGAAGGGUCAGAAGAUACGGAUUACAUUAAUAAAGAGUUCGCGGGGUCUGGGAUUCACCAUUGUCGGCGGUGACGACACCGUGGAAGAAUUUCUCCAAAUUAAAAGCGUCGUGCCAAAUGGCCCAGCGUGGCUGGAUGGGAAGCUACAAACCGGGGAUGUGUUAGUGUACGUUAACGAUACCUGCGUGCUAGGAUUCACACAUAACGAAAUGGUAAAUGUAUUCAAAUCAAUCGGCAGUGGUGAGACGGUAACUUUGGAAGUGUGUCGAGGUUACCCGUUGCCCUUCGAUCCUAAUGAUCCUAAUACGGAAGUUGUGACCACGAUCGCUGUUAACGCGCCAGAAGAUCCUGCAAUGUAUAUGGACUUAAAUUCGUCUCUCCAAGACAAUGGACGUUUUAAUUUUCUCGACUCUACGUUCUUGCCGGUACACAGUCUUCAGAAUGGUGAGAAUCUUGCCACAACAUCUGUCAAUUCAAUGCCUGAUCUCUGUAUUUCGGACAAAAUCAACACAAUAAAGCGACCUAGCAGCACGGACAUUCUGCUGUCGGAAAGCAGCGAUCUGAACGAUUGUAAAGACUCGUCUUCCAAGCCAGAGUUUCUUAGCAUCGCUAUCGUAAAAGGAGCCAUGGGAUUUGGGUUUACGAUAGCGGACUCCGCUCACGGUCAGAAGGUUAAAAAGAUUCUAGAUCGUCAGCGUUGUAAAAACUUAAUGGAAGGCGAUAUUCUGGUUAACAUAAACGACAUCAAUGUUAGGAACAUGUGCCAUUCAGAGGUGGUACAGGUGUUAAAAGACUGCCCGCGUAACGAAGAGGCGUUGAUACACGUUCAACGAACAACAACAAAGUCGAAGGAGAAGAAGGAGAAAAGCGCACAGGACUUUUUCAGAAGCAAAACACCCACUGCAGACAUCUAUAGCACCCAAUCGAAGACAGUGAUACCUAGCAGACCGAAAACGCCAUUAAUCGAUACCAGGAAUCGUCCCAAAUCUCCGACUAACACGAGUAGAUCGAACUGGAACGAACAGGGCGAAAACGAAUUGAAUCCACUGGACAAUCACUACAAAUACUCCGACUAUUCGCACGGGAUGUACUAUUCAGAUCCGUAUAAGGCUAAUAUCACGUCUAACCUGUCAGACAAUUUCGCGGUGAUGAAUCUCGACGAGGAUUCUAUCAGAAACGUUCCGAAGCGUGACUGGGUGGCGAAUGACAAGUUGAAUAUCAGUAAUGACAUGUACUCCAUCGACAUCUCUCAUCAUAAUAAUAUGCUCAAACAGAACGGAUACUUACACUCCGAUUAUUAUAAGGAUGUCUAUCCAGUUCAAUCGCAUUCCCAGUACAAUGAGGACUACAAUAUGUAUUCCAUCGGACAGGAGCAGAACGUUGACACUGGCGAGAUCUGGGAUAAACGGAAAGAGACCACCAGUUUCGAGCACGAACAGCCACAUUCCAGUUCCAUUUCUCGAUAUCCUCAAUACACGAACGAAUUGGUUUGUCCAAUGGUACCCGAUAUAGAAUGGAUAGAAACUUUAGUGACUUUAGUCAGACAAGACACUGGAUUUGGAUUUAGAAUAGUUGGCGGUACAGAGGAAGGAUCUCAGCAGGUUUCGGUUGGUCACAUUGUCCCCGGUGGAGCGGCUGAUCUUGAUAAUAGACUCAGUACCGGCGAUCUAAUCAUGUCUGUCGAUGGAGAGAGCGUCAUGAAUUCGUCUCAUCAUCACGUAGUGCAACUAAUGAUAGCGGCGGCACAAAACGGCCGAGUAACUUUGGGAAUACGACGCCGAAUCAACACGCAAGAGCAUCUUCAAGAGAAUCUUCAGUCUUCCUAUGGCCGACAAAUGAAUCUUCAAUAUCCGUACGACGUUACUGUCACUCGAAUGGAAAGCGAGGGAUUUGGUUUCGUGAUAAUCUCGUCCGUUAAUAAAGCUGGCUCCACGAUCGGUAGGAUAAUCGAGGGCUCGCCCGCCGAAAGAUGCGGCAGAUUGAACGUUGGAGACCACAUUCUCGCUGUUAAUCAUAUAGAUAUUACAAACGUUUGCCACAAGGAUAUCGUCAAUUUGAUUAAAGAUUCCGGCUAUUCGGUCACAUUGACAAUCGGAUAUCCGUUGGACGAUUGCUGUAGCAAUACAUCUCUUUCUCAAAAGGACGAGCCUGCAGGAGAUGGAGAUGGAGGCCAAUACCAUGCUGUAGAGUUAACUCGGGGCACCCGAGGUUUUGGUUUCAGCAUACGCGGUGGCCGUGAAUUUCAAAAUAUGCCGUUAUUUGUCCUGCAAAUUGCAGAGAACGGCCCGGCGUCUAUCGAUAACCGACUUAGAAUUGGCGAUCAGAUAAUCGAGAUAAAUGGUAUUAAUACCAAAAACAUGACACAUACAGAAGCGAUUGAGAUUAUACGUAACGGUGGACCAUCUGUUCGUCUGUUAGUGCGACGUGGCUGCCAGAUGCCUUCAGUGAGUAAUCUCACAAUCGACCAAAUAAGUAUUCGACCGAACCACGAGGGCACCCCGUGCAGGCAUUUAUCGAAAUUACCCGAGAAGGGUGUGCCCGUGCCCCGCAAAAAACGUCAAAAAGUUCGAUUUUCCAUUUCAUUGAACUGCUGCUCAUCCAAAAACAGAUACUUAUAGCUACUUGUAUUGUAGGCUAAUAUUUCGUAAGAUCGCGAGAUUCGUUUUUUUAGAGAACAAUUUUUACGGCAUUUAUGAGAUGCGUUUGAGCGAAAACCUCUCAUUUUUACUACUUUUUUCUCUUUUUAAAGAAUGCAAUCUGUUAAUUUAUACAAAUGCGAAUAGUGUAAAUUACAAAUGACUUGUAUUAGCAUAUGUGAAAAUUCAUAUAUAGGAAAUGUAGCGCAAUAUAUUGCGUCAAAAGCAUAAAGUUACAGACGCUAUCUAUUUGCUGACGCAAGCAGCAUCGAUACACAUAGAGAAUCUCAGAAUUCGAUAUCUGAUAUCACAUAGAAAUGACACAAACAGCUGUAUGUCCAUACACGCUGUAAGGUGAUAUUGUAGACUGGCGAUAUUAUAAUAAUAUAAAUUUAUUACUCGUCUGCUCUUCUCGAUAACGUUUCAAAGUUGUAGACUUUUAAAAUUUAGGCUUUUAUCAUAUAUAGACACCACUUUGUGAAUCUUUUUUAGAUAGCGACAUAAUUGUGGCCUUGAUAAAGUGUUACGCCUUUUGAAAAAGCACAUGGAAAGACCUCGCGUGAGAGAAAUUUUGUCUAAUUGUUCUCAUAACGCGCGACUCUAUUUCGGAUUAUUACAGGAUGUUUACUACUCGGAAAAACCAGGAAGACCUGGAAUUUUCAAGGAAUUUUUUAUUCUUAAAAAUCAUGAAUUUUUAUUCGAUUUUUUUGUACACUUUUAUUGCUUCAGUAAAAUUUUGGGAAUUUUGUUUUUAUUUUAAAAUAAAAUUCUCUUUUACUGUCAAAAUUGUUUUUAAUAAACAUGGCAUAUACAUCUGCGUGCAUUCUUGUAUUACAUAAAUUUUUAUAAAACAAAUUAGCGACACUAAAAAACAAUAUAUCGUUCUACAUUGGUGUUGUGUUUAAUCAUCACGAAAUCCAUUGCUGACAGAUUGUUGUAUACUAUAUUUAUUUUAUAUUAUUUCUUUUUAAUACUUUUUUAAAUUUAAAGUUCAAAAUUUAAAUGUCCUUUCUUUGCGAUUGUUGAUGUUCAAGGUACAUUAAAAAGGUCAUAAAAAGUUAAUUUAUUUCAAAGUCGAAUUAAAAAAUUCUCUGGUCUUACUUGAAAUUUUAAAUAAAUUUUAGGUAAGACUGGAGAAUGUUUUAAUGUAGCUUUGAAAUAAAUUCCUGGAAAGUCCAGGAAUUCUCAGGGAAUUCUUUUACAAAAUUUGAGUAAACAUCUUGUAUUAUCAAAACUUGAAAAUUUUGUCAAUGUCUCUGCGCCCCCUUUUUUCCUAAGUAUUUAUUAUCACUUAUAUGAAAUAUAUAUGUAUGUCAAUAAUUAUAUAUAAAAUUAAGGACUCGUACAACCAAAGAAGUAAAUGCACCUAUCAACCAUUUUGUUCUGAGAUUGAAUGUGGUGGAAGAUCGAUAUGAUAGAAUCUAUUAUUGUAAUAAAAAAUUAAUCUCUGUUUUACGGGCGACAACUCUCAUGCCCGCGACUAGCACAAUGUAUCUAUCGACGAAUCAUGCGUAGUAAAAUUAUGGUGGAGAACGAAUUUGAUAGAAAAUUUUCUUCUUCACUCUUUUCUCAAUGUUUAUGAAAGUUGCAUGUUUGAAAGAGUAACGUAUAUAUUUUUUUACCUGUAAAAUAGUGAGAUGGCAGAUGUUGUUCGGCACGAUGUAUUAAUAAGAAAAAUGGCAAAAAAGGAAAAGAUAGAUUGUAUUUUUAGAUCUCAGGAUUGAUGUGUAAGAAAGAAAAAAAA